AUGGUCCUACCCCACGGUCCUACCCCAUGGUCCUACCCCACGGUCCUACCCCACGGUCCCACCCCACGGUCCUACCCCACGGUCCUACCUCACGGUCCCACCCCACGGUCCUACCCCAUGGUCCCACCCCACGGUCCUACCCCAUGGUCCUACCCCACGGUCCUACCCCACGGUCCUACCCCACGGUCCUACCUCACGGUCCCACCCCACGGUCCCACCUCACGGUCCUACCUCACGGUCCCAUCCCACGGUCCUACCUCACGGUCCCAUCCCACGGUCCUACCCCACGGUCCUACCUCACGGUCCCACCCCACGGUCCCACCCCACGGUCCUACCCCACGGUCCUACCUCACGGUCCCACCCCACGGUCCCACCCCACGGUCCUACCUCACGGUCCCAUCCCACGGUCCUACCCCACGGUCCUACCUCACGGUCCCACCUCACGGUCCCACCCCACGGUCCCACCUCACGGUCCCACCCCACGGUCCCACCCCACGGUCCUACCCCACGGUCCUACCUCACGGUCCUACCCCACGGUCCUACCUCACGGUCCCACCCCACGGUCCCACCCCACGGUCCCACCCCACGGUCCCACCCCACGGUCCUACCCCACGGUCCCACCCCACGGUCCCAUCCCACGGUCCUACCUCACGGUCCUACCCCACGGUCCCACCCCACGGUCCUACCCCACGGUCCCACCUCACGGUCCCACCCCACGGUCUUACCCCACGGUCCCACCCCACGGUCCUACCUCACGGUCCCAUCCCACGGUCCCACCCCACGGUCCCACCCCACGGUCCUACCUCACGGUCCCAUCCCACGGUCCCACCCCACGGUCCCACCCCACGGUCCCACCCCACGGUCCUACCUCACGGUCCCAUCCCACGGUCCCACCCCACGGUCCCACCCCACGGUCCCACCUCACGGUCCUACCUCACGGUCCCAUCCCACGGUCCUACCUCACGGUCCUACCUCACGGUCCCAUCCCACGGUCCCACCUCACGGUCCCACCCCACGGUCCCACCUCACGGUCCUACCUCACGGUCCCAUCCCACGGUCCCACCCCACGGUCCCACCUCACGGUCCUACCUCACGGUCCCAUCCCACGGUCCCACCUCACGGUCCCACCCCACGGUCCCACCCCACGGUCCUACCUCACGGUCCCAUCCCACGGUCCCACCUCACGGUCCCACCCCACGGUCCCACCCCACGGUCCUACCUCACGGUCCUACCCCACGGUCCCACCCCACGGUCCUACCUCACGGUCCCAUCCCACGGUCCUACCUCACGGUCCUACCCCACGGUCCUACCCCAUGGUCCUACUCCACUUAA